UUUUUUUCUUCUUCUUCUUCCUCCCUUCCGUUUCUUUUCUUCUUUCAACUCUUUCCAUCUAAGCUGACUUGUAUUAUCACAGAUCUCCCAACUCCUUCAAUAUGAUUGCUCCAGUCCAGAACCAGCUCUCUAAGAGCAUGCUCACUCAUAUCGGUAUUGCACUCACUCUUGGAGGCCAUGCAAAUGAACAACGGCGAGCAGAGACGCUUUUCUCAUACGUCGAUAACUCGCUUGAAAUAUCUAUCUUUGGCGAUGCGGAGGCCAUCGGGCGCGAUUUUGGCCAGGAGCUCUGCCCAAGGCUCGAGAUCUCGAAUCAUAUUUAUCGUGCAUUGCAGGUUGACAAUGAUGACACCUUUAAUUCAUCGAGGAUAUGCGCGAUUGUGGAACCACUCGCAAAAGCAGGAGUCUCGAUCUUUUACAUGAGUACAUACCAGAUGGAUUUGCUAUUUGUUCAGGAAAACAGGAUUCCUGCUGUAUUUACAAUCCUAUCUCAAAAUGGAAUUCACAUGGCUCUUGAUGAGGAACUAUGUAACACGCCUCCAGACACGCCUAUACCAGAUCGACCUCGAUUCUGGAAGCACGAUAUACAUGACAUCCAGAAGGAAAACCAACUGUCAGAGCACAAUGAUGAAGAGGACAGGACCCUACACUCAAUCCCAACGGAAGCAUUCCAGUUGAAAUAUAUGUCCGAGUCGUCAAUGAUGACUCCGCCUGGGUCCAGAGGCUCGAUCUCUGAUAACGAUAUAGAUGGAGUAGAGAGCAAUUCAAAGAUUAAAAAUGAAUACCUGAACGGUAAGCAUCUGGAUGCAGAUGCUAAACAGGUUCCACCAUUGGACAUCAUUUCAGCGCAGAAGCAUGGACGCAUAUCAGUCGAGCUAGGCGAUGCGGCAAUACCUCCCAAAGCGUCGCCUACGACAGCCACCGCAUUUGAGCUCCGCCAGCAGGCAAUCCGCACAUCGCCUCAAAAUACUCUUCGAUGCGUAGGCUUGAAUACUGAUCUGGAGUCGGGUCAUCAGCCAUGGAUCCUAAAAGUCAUCAAGAUAUUAUUCUACCAUGACAAGAUUAAGCAAGUGGCCAUCGAUACAGGGCGGGGGCCGACCCAUGAUGCCCCAAGGUUCUUUUCCUUCACUGCUACGGCAGACUGCGUUUCAAUGAUCACAGACACUUAUAUCCUAGAAGAAUUUGAAGAGCAUGAGUUAUUCAUGGAUCAUGACACAUGUCCCCUUCGUCUCAUUCAACUGGACCUACGCCGUUUUGGCCUUGACAAAUACGGCAUCAUCCACUCUGUGGCAAGGCCAUUGACCGAGGCUGGAAUCGACCUGCUUUAUCUUAGUACUUUUAGCACAGCCAAUAUCCUUGUGGUGGAACAUCGAUUAUCAGAUGCAGAAAGGAUCUUGAGCGGCAGUGGAGCGACCAUGCCAUUGUCUAUAGAAGAUAAAGACGUUUCUUGAAUUUUCCUUUAUGAUACUUUAAUAAUAAUAGUAAUAUUAAAAAAAGGAAUAAAGGUGCCAAAAUCAUAAGAGG